CCUAGAACGCCUUCGUCUCCCUUCGUUAUUGUUAGUCUUCUCCACGAGGAGUUGGGCUCUUUAUCAAUGAAGCAUAUUGUGAAAAUCCUGACAUUGUUGGUGACCAUCUCUGCCUUAUGGAUUGGCCUCUUACAGACAGCUAUUAUUCCACGUAGUCAUACUUGGUUGCUUCCCAUAUAUUUCGUUGUGUCGCUCGGGUGCUAUGGGCUUCUAAUGGUUGGAGUUGGUUUGGUACAAUUUCCAACUUGUCCUCAAGAAGCAGUAUUGUUGCAGCAGGACGUAGUAGAGGCCAAGGAAUAUUUGAAGCAGAAAGGGAUUGAUGUGGGUGGUUGUGAUUGAUAUUUUGACCAGAGUUCUGGCGUUUUGAAUUUUAGAUACAAAGAAAGACCCUUUUAGAAUAGAAUUCAUGGAACUUCACUUACUGUAGCACUGAUAUUGUGGAAGUCUUCAUAACGAUUGAUUGCUUCCAUGUGAAUGAAAAUUAAGAAAGGUUUUACCAGGUUAAGCAAUGAGCAAAGGAAAGGUGUUUUUUGUACACUUCACCGCUGAUGUUGUUCCUUGCAGAAUUGUGAGUUCUGUCAAGUGAGCCUCUCUCUUUUCCCUCUGGAUGUUCUAUACUCAUAGUGGCGUAUAAACCAAAAGGGCCAGACAGAUGACCUUGUGUUCUUUUCUGCAUCCAGUUGUCAUCAAAGGUCUUCUUGAUCUAUCAGGAUUGCUAACAGCCACAUGAUGUGCUAGCUUCAUCAAGAGGUCAAUGCAUCAUGUGCAUCAUGGUAAAAGU